AUGGCUGUAUUAAAUUCAAAUCCAGAAAUCUUAUUAAAAAAGCGUAAAAAUGCAGAUAGGAAAAGAUUAGAAAAACAAGAAGAAAUAGCUAAUAAGAUUAAAAAAUCAAAACAAUUAAAACUAAAGCAAAAACAAAAAAAUUUUAAAAGAGCAGAAACUUUAUUAAGUAAUCAAAAAUCAAAUGAAUUAGAAAAGAAAAGAAUAAAUAAAAUAAAUCAAAAAUUAAAAAAAGAAGCAUCAUCAUUAAAAGAUACCUCAGCAGAUGAUGAAUACAAGUUGUUGUUUGUAAUUCGAAUUCCUAAUCAUACAAAAGGUUUAAAAAUUCCCAAAAAGGCAUAUCAAAUUUUACAAGUUUUAAAAUUAACUGAAUCAAAUACUGGAGUUUUUGUAAAAGCAAAUCAACAAACUAUACAAUUAUUAGGAUUAAUUGCUCCAUAUAUUAUAAUUGGUCAACCUUCAUUAUCAUCAAUACGUAAAUUAUUUCAAAAAAGAGCAAGAAUUACAACCAUAGAAGAACCAGAAGAAGAAGAAGAUUCAACAACUCAACAAGAAGAACCAAAAGAAAAAAUAAUAAAAUUAGAUAAUAAUCAAUUAGUAGAAGAUAAAUUUGAAAAAAUUGGAUUAAUAUGUAUAGAAGAUUUAAUUCAUGAAAUUACAACAUUAAGUGAUAAUUUUUUAAAAAUUACAAAUUGGUUAUUACCUUUUAAAUUAAAUCCUCCAAUAAAUGGUUGGGGUCCUCAAUCAAAAUUAGCAAGAUUAAUUUAUGAUAAUGAAAAUAAAGUUGAAAUUUCUUUAGCUCAAGAUUUUAAAUUAAAAGAAAUUGAUGAUAUUGAUUCUGUUAUUGAUCAACAAAAUUAA